UAGGCGCUAACUGUGCAGUAUGGCGGACGAUGGAGACAGUUUGAGCGGACCAGUUGACACAAGCGGCGGGCAAGAGGCGGCGGAUGAGUCGGACGGGUUCGGGUUAGGCGGAAUGUUGCUGAAUAUCAGCAUUUUGGUUCUGGUCGUGGCGGUUUGUCUGGUGGUGUACCGGCGGUGGGGCAGGCGGCUCGGCCCUGACGCGGCCCAUGGCGACGAGGCCUCGACGCUUCCUAAGAUGAGGAGACGGGACUUCACUUUGGAGCAGCUGGGGGAGUACGACGGACUCCAAAACCCCCGCAUCCUCAUGGCUGUCAACAUGAAAAUUUUCGACGUCACAACUGGCAAAAAGUUUUAUGGUAAAGAUGGCCCGUACGGCAUUUUUGCCGGCCGGGACGCUUCCAGGGGCCUGGCGACCUUCUGCCUGGAAAAAGAUGCCCUGAGGGACGAGUACGACGACUUGUCAGACCUCACCGCGGUACAGAUGGAGAGCGUGAGGGAGUGGGAGAUGCAGUUCAUGGAAAAAUACGACUACGUGGGGAGGUUGCUGAAGCCCGGGGACGAGCCGUCGGAGUACACGGACGAGGAGGACAUCAAGGACCACCUGAAGCACGACUGACCGGCUCCAUCACGCCGACCAAGAAGCCCCAGACAGCUGCGACGGACCACCCCCCCACCCCCGACUUUGUCCCCCC